AUGUCUGGAGACUUAAAACAAACGAAUAUGGGUCGCAAAAUAAAUAGAGCAAGAUAUCAUUUAAUGGGUGGUCAAACAGUUAAAGUAAAUUUAAGACGACAAAACAACAUGAUAAUAUGCACAAGAGUAACAGAAACUCGGCGACUUGAGAAAGAAACAACAAAAAGCAUUAAAGAUCGGAAUGAAAAUAUCCAUUUACAACUGAACGAGCAUGAAAAGUUAAGGAAGGCGAGCGCCGUGCGAAAGAUAAAAGCGCAAGCAAUGAAAUUUGCAUAA